CAGGGAGUGGUUGUCAUCAGAUAUCCGUUCCCCUCCUUCCCACAAUUUUUAUCCGAGGAAGAAAGAAGGGGAUAUGGAUAUCAAUCAUGCAGACACACUAGGAAACUCAUGCCAUAAUUAUAAUUCCCCCUUCUUUCCUUCACACUCAUAACUACCAUGGCUUCUUUCCUUUCCUCUGUUGUCACUGCAACUCUCAAGCUCCACCCACAAUUCCCAAAAUACCCAAUAUACCCACCAAGCUCCUAUCCCCCAGAGAAGGGUCAAAGCAUUUCUUUCCAGAAAAGCCACAGAUUCACACAUUUGGAUUUUGGGGAAACACUUUUGUUGACCAAAGAGGGGACAGAGGAGGAGGAAAAAUUGUUCUAUGUUCCCUUGUUGCAACAAUGCUUAGACACGCGCUCCUAUUCAGAAACACAAAUUGUUCAUGGUCAUGUCAUGAAAACAGGUUGCCAUGAUAAUUUUUUUGUCAUGUCAUUUCUGGUCAAUGUUUAUGCCAAAUGUGGGAACAUGGAGGAUGCUCGCAGGGUGUUUGACAACAUGCUUAGAAGAAACGUGGUGGCAUGGACCACGUUAAUGGUGGGUUUUGUGCAGAACUCACAGCCAAAGCACGCCAUUCAUGUGUUUCAAGAGAUGUUGUAUGCAGGAAGUUACCCUUCAGUUUAUACUCUUUCUGCUGUUCUACAUGCUUGUAGUUCUUUGCAGUCUCUCAAGUUAGGAGAUCAAUUCCAUGCUUACAUAAUCAAAUACCAUGUUGACUUUGACGCCAGUGUUGGCAGUGCACUUUGUAGUUUAUACUCCAAAUGUGGCAGGUUGGAGGAUGCUCUUAAAACAUUUAGUAGAAUCAGAGAAAAGAAUGUUAUUUCAUGGACUUCAGCUGUUUCUGCUUGUGCGGACAAUGGUGCACCUGUGAAGGGGUUGAGACUUUUUGUUGAGAUGAUUGCUGUGGACAUAAAGCCUAAUGAGUUCACUUUGACCAGUGCCUUGAGCCAGUGUUGUGAAAUCCUGUCUUUGGAACUUGGAACUCAGGUUUAUUCGUUGUGCAUUAAAUUUGGCUAUGAAUCAAACCUACGUGUUAGAAAUUCUUUGUUGUAUUUGUACCUCAAAAGUGGUUGUAUUGUUGAGGCUCAUAGGUUGUUUAAUAGAAUGGAUGAUGCCAGUAUGGUUACAUGGAAUGCAAUGAUUGCCGGGCAUGCGCAGAUGAUGGAACUCACAAAGGAUAAUCUUUCUGCAUGCCAUAGAGGAAGUGAAGCAAUGAAACUUUUCUCCAAGUUGAAUCUAUCAGGCAUGAAACCUGAUCUGUUUACCUUAUCUAGUGUCUUAAGUGUAUGCAGUAGAAUGCUGGCUAUAGAGCAGGGGGAACAAAUUCAUGCGCAGACUAUCAAAACUGGAUUCUUAUCGGAUGUGAUUGUAAGUACUUCACUGAUUAGUAUGUACAGUAAGUGUGGAAGCAUUGAGAGGGCUAGCAAAGCAUUUCUGGAGAUGUCUACUAGAACUAUGAUAGCAUGGACUUCUAUGAUUACAGGUUUUUCACAGCAUGGUAUGUCACAACAAGCAUUGCAUAUUUUUGAGGAUAUGAGCCUAGCAGGAGUUAGACCAAAUGCGGUCACUUUUGUGGGUGUUUUAUCAGCAUGUAGCCAUGCUGGCAUGGUCAGUCAAGCACUCAACUACUUUGAGAUUAUGCAAAAGAAAUAUAAAAUUAAGCCUGCUAUGGACCACUAUGAAUGCAUGGUUGAUAUGUUUGUGAGGUUAGGUCGGCUGGAGCAAGCUCUGAAUUUCAUUAAGAAAAUGAAUUAUGAGCCUAGUGAGUUUAUUUGGUCAAACUUUAUUGCUGGUUGUAAAAGCCACGGGAAUCUGGAAUUGGGGUUUUAUGCUGCUGAACAGUUACUAAGUCUCAAACCAAAAGAUCCAGAGACUUAUGUAUUGUUGUUGAAUAUGUACCUCUCAGCUGAGCGUUUUGAGGAUGUUUCAAGGGUGAGGAAGAUGAUGGAAGAGGAGAAAGUUGGAAAGUUGAAGGAUUGGAGCUGGAUUAGCAUUAAAGACAAAGUGUAUUCCUUCAAAACCAAUGGAAAAACACACCCACAGAGUUCUCUAAUAUGUAAAUCAUUGGAGGAUUUACUUGCCAAAGUAAAGAAUGUAGGAUAUGAGAUGCUAGAAAGUGUGGAAAUAAGUGAUGAAGAGGAGGAGGAGGAAAAGACAUCAUCCCCUAACAUUUAUCACAGCGAGAAGCUGGCCAUUACAUUUGGGUUGGAGAACUUGCCAAAUUCUUCUCCAAUAAGAGUUGUCAAGAGCACCUUAAUAUGCAGGGAUAGCCAUAACUUUAUUAAGUAUGUCUCAACACUAGCCGGUAGGGAAAUCAUCGUUAAAGAUAGUAAGCGGCUUCACAAAUUUGCCAAUGGAGAAUGCUCAUGUGGAAAUUUUGGCGGUUUUCUCUAAAAGCAGCAGCUAAAAGUUCAUGUGUUGGCAAUCAAAAGCUGACCAUCAAAAUCUGAUAAGAGUUUUUUACACAUCACUACACUUAUUAAUAUAACACGGCACACUACAUUGAUUAGUUUCAAAUUAUUGUGAUUAUAGCUUCCCAAAAGUUUAGAGCAUGUAUUACUAGAUCAUACAUGAAACUGUUAACAUGUAUUAAACAAUGUACAAAUGGCAAAAAGCUUGCCUGUCUAAGAUGGCUUAAUGAUCUUAGCUGCGCAGAACAUGAGACAUUGGAUUUCUUGAGUUUGACUCAAAUUUUUGUAUUACUGUUACAUGUUCAGAAAUAAUCCAACACUGGUUUUCAA